CCAAGCCUUUCGGUGCUGAAAUUCAACAACUUCGAUCCCUUUCCUUUUUUUUUGCUCCCUCUUUUACUAGUCUUACUAUUUUGAAUGUAAACAGCUCAAUUGAUUUGUCACUAUGCCGCAAGUUCCAUAAUUGUCUAGGAACUAUGCUCAAAAUUAGCCAACACAAAAUAGAGUAAAAAAGAAAAAGAAAAAGAAAAAAGAAAAGCCAAAGCUGCUAUUUCUGACUUCUUAUUCGUUAUUCCCAUAAUAAUUCAAAUCACUUCAUAUUUUUUUCCUUACCAUUAUUUGAGUUUUUAAUGUCACUCUUUCUUCCGUAAAGUUUUUCUCAAUAUAUCAGAACAGACCACUACAUCUAGUUCUUCCAGUCCAUUCCAGGUGGCAAGCCAUGGCAAUCGAUGUCUGCUCGGAGAUUUCCACCUUGACUAUCAGUCCAAGACUCUCAUUUUCUCAAGAUCUUAACCAAUCAAGCACUGCAAAUCAGUCCGAUCCGACUGCCUUUUUGGAUUCAAGCAACGAUUUCAACUUCUGCAUGCUCAAUAACCUCACUUUGGAACUCUCUUCAGCAGAGGAGCUUUUCUGUAAUGGUAAAAUUCUCCCCAUUCAAGUCAAGAAAAAUAACACCACAACAUCCCCAUCCCCAUCACCCUCUCCAAACGCUUCUCAAAAGCAAAAAAGUCAGCCUCUUCUGCUUCCAUCCGCCGGGGAACCUCGUCGAAAUUCUACUGCUUAUCAGAAUUCAAUCACAGAAAAGAAGAGACUGAAAGAAUUCCUAGCUGCAAAUUAUGACACAGAUGAUGAGGAAGAUGAACACUACAAUAACAAGGCUCAAGCAAAUAGUAGUAAUGAUAAUAACAAUAAGUCGUUUUGGCAGUUCAGGAGAAGUAGUAGCCUUAAUUUUGACCACUACACAGACCGCGGUAAGAGCUUUAUUCGGUCUUUACAGUUCUUGUCUAGAAGCAAUUCAACUGGUUCAGCUCAAAAUCAGAGGCAAAAUAAGAAUAAGCAGAGUACCAACUUGCCAAAACAAUCAUCUGUGGGACGCGCAAAGUACCGGAGGUCGUCUUCGUGUCCAAAUUCUGCGUUUUAUGCAUACAAUUUUUCUGAAAAGAAGAACUGUAGAUCUCAUAACAGCAGUAGCAGUAAUGGGCUUAGAGUAAAUCCAGUUUUGAAUCUACCACAUCCCUACAUUUCUAAAGUUACUAUCAGUUUUUUUGGCUUUGGUUCUUUGUUUUGUCACGGUAAAGUUAAAAAGAAAAAGAAAUGAAUUGAUACAGGUCAUGUUUAUUCCAAAAUACUGAUGGGAUUAAGCUGUCUUUAUAUUCUUUUUUCCUUUCAUCCUUAAACAUCAUCGUGUCAAAAACUUCUCUGUAGUGCACGGUAGAUUACCGUGUUAGGUCGUAAGUAGAAAUUACCCCAAAUAAAAGAAAAAAUAUGUAUAUAAUAUA